AUGCCAAACAGAGAAUUCCCAUGGAAGGUUAACACUUAUGGCUGUUUCGAGGAGCCAGAAGAGGAGGAAGAGAUCGAUGAGAUCGAAGAUGAUUCUAUGGUGGUAAUUUUACCAGAAGAAAUUGCAGAUCAUAUUAUAGAGAGAACUCUCAAUCCACAUCCUUUUGCAAAUUACAUUUACGAUAAAUAUGUUCAUGCACAAUCAGAAGGGCUUAAAAUUUGUAUCAUGAAUUUUAUUCUCAAACUCUAUUGUUCAGAAGAAAGAAGGAGAGAUCCAUCAAACAAAAGGUUCAUGGAAAAACUCAGUGUACUCCGCCAAGCUGUCGCUCUCAUUUUUUGGAGUCAUUUGAUGUGUGAUGAGCAGAGAGGUUCUUAUAUCAGUGAUUAUCCUGACAAAAAGAAAGUAUAUCACUGGGCUGGAAUGCUCGAUGUUCUUGCAAGGGAUUACGCAUCAACACACCAGGAAUCGCGUGAAGUUGUUCAUGAACUAUGCAUGGCACGUAACAGGCUCAGGGAUGAAGUCACACAGGGAAUCUACCCAGAUCUUGAAUUUCCUAUUCCAUCUGUUGAAGAAUUCAAAAACUAUAUGAACAUUCAAGUUUGUUAG